AUGCUUUUACUGUGCAAAUUUGUUUUGCUAUUAGUGGGUAUAUCUUAUGUCAAUGCGGAAGUCUGGCCAACUGUUGUCGCGACCUGGGCAAGUGACGACUUCAAAGCUGCCGUUUAUUCAGCUUAUGAGAAAUUGAUAUCGAGCAAUGAUCGAAUUAAGGCGCUUAUCGAAGGUUUGUCUUCAUGUGAACGCUUGCAAUGUGAUGGAACUGUGGGUUAUGGUGGCUCACCUGAUGAAGCAGGCAUUGUGCGCUUAGAUGCACUUAUUUUUGACGGAGUUGGGCAUAAAGUUGGGGCUGUUGGCUCGUUGGCCAAUAUACGUGAUGCCGCGCGUGUUGCUCAUGCCGUCAUGAAAUAUACGAAACAUACUCUUCUUGUUGGAGAUGAUGCCACAAAGUUCGCAAUCGAAAUGGGUUUCAAGCAACAAACUUUAAGUACCAAUCAUUCAAAUGAAUUAUUUACGGGAUGGAAGGAAAGAAAAUGUCAACCGAAUUUCAGAAUGAAUGUGGUUCCAGACGCUAGAACAAAUUGCGGUCCCUACCAUCCUAGAGAUUUUACAAAUUGUUUAGAAAAUAAUUUCAGCGUUCGUUAUUUUCUUUUGUUAUUUUUUUCAUUUUGCGAAGAUGUGGGUUUCCACGGCGAUAAAUCUCAUGACACGAUUGGAAUGAUAGUUCUCGACAGAAAUGGUGAUUUCGCUGCAGGCACAUCGACCAAUGGUGCGAUACAUAAAAUACCUGGGCGUAUAGGCGAUUCACCUAUACCAGGUGCGGGAGCAUAUGUGGAUAAUGAAAUUGGAGCGGCAGUGGGAACUGGCAAUGGCGAUAUAUUGAUGCGCUUUGCUCCCACCUAUCAAGCAGUAGAAAGUAUGCGUAGCGGUUUUUCCUCUCAGAAAUCAGCUGAAAUUGUAAUUCAUCGAAUCGCUUUGGCGUAUCCAGAUUUUUUUGGAGCGAUUGUUGCAGUAUCAAAAACUGGAGAGUAUGGCGCUGCAUGUCAUGGAAUGGACUCGUUUGAUUAUUCGUUCCGUAAUAAACAUUCCAAUAAAGUUAAAGUCAUCACUGUAAAAUGUAUCUAA